AUGGUUUCUUUAAAACGGAUACUUCUUGUACUUUUUAACACUAUGAUAUCUGUGCAAAUAUUUUUGUUGAUCUUCGUAGCUGUUGUGAAUGCAAAUGUUCGUGGAGAGCAAAAAACAACAAGUUGCUGUGAAUCAAAAGACAUCAAUCCAGAUGAAUUUGUGACUUUUACAGCAAUAUCAUUGGAUGGAACUGAUUUGACAAAUAACCCAAUAAAGUAUGACAUUAUUGUGACAAAUGUUGGUAAAGCAUACAGUUCUACUUCCGGUUUAUUCUAUGCUCCAAUCACCGGUAUUUCUAGCAUCUCGUUCAGCAUAAUGGGACAACCUAACAACAGUAUUCACACAAACCUUUAUCACAAUGGCAAGCAGAUAAUCAGGAUUUACACAAAAGGUGAUAAUAGACACGAAGUUGCAUCUCAGACAGUUUACCUCAAGCUCGUAAAAAGAGACGAAGUAUUGGUGCAGGGAACUGCCGGAAGCAAUUUAUGGGCAACAGAGCGGUACAACCAGUUUUCUGGAGCAUUGGUUAGGAGUGGAGACUUCACGAAUUAA